GCCCCGCUCCGCCGCCGCUGCUCCCGGCCCCUCCGCCGCUCUCCCCGCCGCCCCGCUCCUCCCCGCUCCCCCGAGCAGCCGCCGGUGCCCGGGAUGAGCCGCCCGCGCCGGCCGCAGCGCCGGGCCGGCCGAGCGGAGCCUCGCGGGAUGGGAUCGCUCCAGCUCUGAGCCGCGUGCCCUCCUGCAGCAUGGGCGACUCUGCGGCGGGCCGCAGCCCCCCGGAGCCGGGCAGCCCCCCGGGCGGCUCCUCGCUGAGCGUCAUCACCGAGGGCGUGGGCGAGCUGGCCCUCAUCGACCCCGAGGUGGCCAAGAAGGCCUGCGAGGAGGUCCUGGAGAAGGUCAAGCAGCUCCGCGGCUCCCGCCCCGACGCGGUGCCCAACGGGGAGAGCUGCCAGAUCCGCUGCCUGGACGACCCGCCCGGCUCGCGCAUCCAGGAGGAGGAGGAGGAGGGCUCCGGCCCGGCCAGGACGGCGCGGAAGCGCCAGAACCAGGCCAAGCAGUCCUCCUGGCUGCUGCGCCUCUUCGAGUCCAAGCUCUUCGACAUCUCCAUGGCCAUCUCCUACCUGUACAACUCCAAGGAGCCCGGCGUGCAGGCCUACAUCGGGAACCGCCUGUUCUGCUUCCGCGACGAGGAGGUGGAUUUCUACCUGCCCCAGCUGCUCAACAUGUACAUCCACAUGGACGAGGACGUGGGCGACGCCAUCAAGCCCUACAUCGUGCACCGCUGCCGCCAGAGCAUCGACUUCUCGCUGCGGUGCGCGCUGCUGCUGGGCGCCUACUCGUCGGACAUGCACAUCUCCACGCAGCGGCACUCCCGCGGCACCAAGCUGCGCAGGCUCAUCCUCUCCGACGAGCUGAAGCCGGCGGGCAGGAGGAGGGAGCUGGGCGCCGCCCUGCCCGGGGCCGACACGGGGCUGUCGCCCUCCAAACGGACUCACCAGAGGUCCAAGUCGGACGCCACGGUGUCCAUCAGCCUCAGCAGCAACCUGAAGCGCACGGCCAGCAACCCCAAGGUGGAGAGCGAGGAGGAGGAAUUCUCCUCGAGUACGGAAAGCCUGGAUAAAUCCCUGGCUCCCCCGGCGCGGCUGGCUCCGGAGCGCGAGUUCAUCAAGUCGCUGAUGGCCAUCGGCAAGCGCCUGGCCACGCUGCCCACCAAGGAGCAGAAGACGCAGCGCCUGAUCUCGGAGCUGUCCCUGCUCAACCACAAGCUGCCCGCGCGCGCCUGGCUGCCCACGGCCGCCUUCCAGCACCACGUGGUGCGCGUGCCGCACUCGCAGGCCGUGGUGCUCAACUCCAAGGACAAGGCUCCCUACUUGAUCUACGUGGAGGUCCUGGAAUGUGACAAUUUCGACACGGCGAAUGUCCCCGCGCGCAUCCCGGAGAACCGGAUCCGCAGCACGCGCUCCGCCGAGAACCUCCCGGAAUGCGGCAUGGGCCCCGAGCAGAGGGCCGGCAGCUUCAGCACCGUGCCCAACUACGACAACGACGACGAGGCCUGGUCCGUGGACGACAUCGUGGAGCUCCAGGUGGAGCUCCCAGAGAUGCACACCAACAGCUGUGACAACAUCUCCCAGUUUUCCGUGGAUUCCAUCACCAGCCAGGAGAGCCGGGAGCCCGUCUUCAUCGCCGCCGGAGACAUCCGGCGGCGGCUGUCGGAGCAGCUGGCCCACACGCCCACGGCGUUCCGCAGGGACCCCGAGGACCCGUCGGCCGUGGCCCUCAAGGAGCCCUGGCAGGAGAAAGUCAGGAGGAUCCGGGAGGCCUCUCCCUACGGCCACCUGCCCUCGUGGCGCCUCCUCUCCGUCAUCGUCAAGUGCGGCGACGACCUGCGGCAGGAGCUGCUGGCGUUCCAGGUGCUCAAACAGCUCCAGUCCAUCUGGGAGCAGGAGCGCGUGCCGCUGUGGAUCCGGCCCUACAAGAUCCUGGUGAUCUCUGCGGACAGCGGCAUGAUCGAGCCCGUGCUCAGCGCCGUGUCCCUGCACCAGGUGAAGAAGCAGUCGCAGCUCUCGCUGCUCGACUACUUCCUGCAGGAGCACGGCAGCCGCAACAGCGAGAGCUUCCUCAGCGCCCAGCGCAACUUCGUGCGCAGCUGCGCGGGCUACAGCCUGGUCUGCUACCUGCUGCAGGUCAAGGACAGGCACAACGGGAACAUCCUGCUGGACGCCGAGGGCCACAUCAUCCACAUCGACUUCGGCUUCAUCCUGUCCAGCUCGCCCCGGAACCUCGGCUUCGAGACCUCGGCCUUCAAACUCACCGCCGAGUUCGUGGACGUGAUGGGCGGCCUGGACGGGGACAUGUUCAACUACUACAAGAUGCUGAUGCUGCAGGGGCUGAUCGCCGCCCGCAAGCACAUGGACAAGGUGGUGCAGAUCGUGGAGAUCAUGCAGCAAGGCUCGCAGCUGCCCUGCUUCCACGGCUCCUCCACCAUCCGGCACCUGAAGGAGCGCUUCCACAUGAACCUGACGGAGGAGCAGCUGCAGCUGCUGGUGGAGCAGAUGGUGGACGGCUCCAUGCGCUCCAUCACCACCAAGCUCUACGACGGCUUCCAGUACCUCACCAACGGCAUCAUGUGAGCCGGGGCCGAAUCCCAGCAGAGGAUUCCCGGAAAAAGAGAGAAAAAAAUGAAAUUUCCGCCCCCAGGAGGAAGCGGGAGAAUCCCGAAGUCCCCGUUUCUGCUCCCCCGAGCGGCCUCGGAGCCGGGGCCGAGCUGCGGCCGCUCCCGGCCCGGACUCUGCGGAGAUGGGCCGGCAUUCCGGGAGAUCGGGGACAGCGGCGGCAGAGGCGGGAGCCAGGAGCGGGCGGGGACGGGGCAGCUCCCCCUUCGCCCCGCCGGAAUUCCCGGGAAUUCACCCCUGAUCCCAUGGAAGGGGGAGGGGUCUCCUGAAGCUUGGAAAUCCCGAAAUUCCCAGAAUUCCCAGAAUUCCCGGCCCUGGGGGGUCCUUCCCUCUCCUGAGACACCCAGGGAUGGCUGCGGAGCAUUCCCAGUGGGAUUCCCCCGAGUGAGGAAUUCCCGGUGGGAUUUCAGGUGGCGAAUUCCCAGUGGGAUUCCCCCGAGUGAGGAAUUCCUGGUGGGAUUCCAGGUGGGGAAUUCCAGGUAGGGAAUGGUGGGAUUUCAGGUGGGAUUCCCGGUGGGAUUCCUGGUGGGAUUCCCGGUGGGAUUCCGGCUGUUCCAGGAAUUCGGGGCUGGGACACCCCUUCCCCCUUUCCGGGUAAUUCCAGCCGGGAAUGCGGGGCUGGAAUGUCGGACAUAAACUGGGGGGGUUUGGGGGCCUGGCCCCGAUCCCAAAUCCCAAAUCAGGGAGGAUCCGGAGCUUCCCAGGGAAGGAGAAUUUCCUGGAAUUUGCCCUCCCCCUUCCCCCGGCCUGUCCUGCUGGGG